AUGGCCUACGCCGAAGACCCCAACAGAAGUCAGAGGCUUCCACGGCCUGGCCUCCUACUAGCGCCGCUUCAUCCUCCACUUUGCGGAGCUCGCACGUCCCCUCCAUCGGUUGACCGAAAAAGGUCGCCCAUUCACAUGGUCCGACGAUUGUCAACAGGCCUUCAAUGAGUUAAAAGCAAAACUCACUUCGGCACCGAUAUUAAUGCUACCUGACACGAGUCCUGAGGCUCCCCCCUUCAUACUCGAUAGCGACGCCAGCGGGUUCGCAAUCGGGGGCGUACUCUCACAAGCCGACGAGACAGGGGCCGAGCGACCGAUUUGCUUUGCGAGCAAAACCCUACCGAAGCCCGAGCGAAACUACUGCACCUAACGACGAGAAUUGUUAGCACUGAUUACGUUUAUCAAACAAUUAAAACCAUUCUUAAUGGGAAAGCACUUCAUUGUCCGCACCGACCACAAGGCCUUACAGUGGUUGCAAAACAUGAAAGAAGCCGAAGGCCAGCUUGCGAGAUGACAAGAACUACUGCAAGAAUUCGAUUUCACUUGUCAAUAUCGACCAGGCCACCAACACGCCAACGCGGACGCCCUUUCUCGCCGCCCAAGUGAGGCCGGCACAGCAGACCCAGAAGUAACGGAUGAACACAUAGCGGCGGUUACAAUCAGCGAACCCACUCGUUAUCAUUGGGCAGUGGCACAAAGUACCGAUCCGGACACCGCAAUAAUUUACGACCACCAGUUGCAUGGUCGACACAGACCAACAGAGAUCGAACUUCGCGGCUUCUCGGAGGUUCCCCGCCUCUUGUGCCACCAAUGGGCCAAUCUGUUCGUUGAGAAUGAACUACUCUUCUUUAAAGACGCAACAUCCACCCGUCCGCGGCUAGUUGUCCCGAUUAGCCUCGUCACGCCUGUCCUCACAGACUUACACCACGAGUUGGGACAUGUAGGAGAGACUAAAACGGAAGCGGCCGCUAGGCAGCGCUUCUGGUGGCUCCGCCUCAGAGAGCAGGUCGCCAACUUCUGUAACGCGUGCUCCACCUGUGCCUCCUUCAAGGGCACCAUCCCACGAAAUCGUGCACCCCUACAGCCUAUGAUUACAGGCUUUCCUUUUGAGCGGGUGGGCGUAGACAUAGUCGGCCCGUUGCCUUACACAACUUGCGGCCAUCGCUACAUCUUAGUGUUGGUCGAUUAUUUUACGAAGUGGGCUGAGGCCAUCCCCUUACAUCGGCAAGAUGCAGCUUCGGUCACCAAUGCGCUGCAAAAGGAAUGGGUCUGUCGAUACGGAGCACCUUUUUCACUUCACUCCGAUUGCGGAGCCAACUUCGAAAGCCACCUUCUGCGCGAAGUCUGUGACCUGCUCCUCAUCCACAAGAAUCGAACUACACCAACCCACCCAGAAGGCAAUGGCCAGGUGGAGCGUACAAACCGAACCAUCAUUAAUAUCCUGAAGGCGUUCGCCGAGGACCACCACCCACACGAUUGGGACGUGAAAUUGCCCUUCGCUAUGAUGGCCUACAGAGCCGCCAUUCACUCUUCAACGGGCCACGCCCCAUUCUAA